AGAGGCGACGUAGGCCUUUCGGGGCGCAUGCGCCGAAGCGCGGCCUCCUUCGGCUGUCGUGGAAUACUCGAGCCGCGGUUUCUCUGGAGCAUGCGUAGAAGGACGCCCCCGGCAGCUGAGGAGCAUGCGCUGUAAGGAGAAGGAAGGAACAGGCUGAGUUCCUCUUCUAGGGGAAAGUAGCACCAUGGAGGCAGCGCUGCAAGUGACGGCGCGGUACUGUCGCAAAGAAAUGGAGGAGUACGGCCAGUGUGUGGCCGCCAACCCUUCUUCUUGGCAGCAGGAGUGUCACCAGCUCAAACUCGACAUGGCCAAAUGCUCAUCUUCCCACCCAAUUAUUCAGAAGAUUCGCAACGACUGCGCAGAACCGUUCACGGCAUUUGAACAGUGCCUUAAAGAAAAUCAGACCUCCGUGAUGAACUGCACGGAGCACGUUCAACGGUUCCUGCACUGUGCUGACCAAGUGAAACUGGCAGCAUAAGUGCAAAAUGGUGCUCUCCCUUGGUGACCACCGGAUUGUGGAGUGCCCAUAGGACUGAAGUUCCUGCCUGGAAUGACAGCAGGAAUGCCACACAUCCUCAAGACCCUGCAAGGAUCGGGAAUUUACGCCCACCUGCUUGCCCAGUUGGGGCCAUCCGUGCCAUCUUGGCUUGACAUGUUUUUUUUAAAACCGAAGUCUAGCCAUCCAUCGAUAAGUCAUGUAAACUGAACGGACAUGACAGGGUUAUCUUGACUUUAUCCACCAGGCCACACUUGAAGAAUGCUAUGUCUGUUUUUUCCGGAUCUGGACUUCAGUCAGCUGUGGUGUGAUAAACCACGUCUGUAGCUCAAAACAGCCUUUUCUGGAUCUUCCACCCUAAUGGUGCCGUUAGAAAAAGAAGUAAUAAAAUAUAUAUUCACACAAA